AUGUCUGCCACAGGGGAUCAAGAUCCAACCAGAGAGACCCGAGAUGACCCGGUAGCCCUUGAGGGAGAGUGGCUACAAGAAGCUGCAGGGGGCAGCGAGAUAGGCCACGAGUCCGGCCUCAAUGGGGCCUCGGCCACUCCUGCCAUUGAAGAGAUGAUGGCCGUUCAUCCUAGGGGGAUGGACAAUGCUGGGCCUGAAAGAAACCAGGAAGAAGGGGGUGACAGGAGAGAGAGCUCAGAUGCUGAGGAAGACUCAGAUAUUGAACCUGUUGACGAGGAGGGAGGAGAGGAGGAGAUGGAAAAUCUAAGAGAUCGAGAAGCGGUGGAAGACCAUCGAUUCCCAAUGGCUGCCUUCCGAUUCAUCUUUCUGGACGUGAUCCAUGCCAUUCUCAACCGUGUCUAUUACAACGACCAUGCCUCGAUGGGGAACCCCCGUGAAAACGACGGAGCGAUAGAAACACCUGGCCCUUCUGCUUCUGGCCACUCAAGUGAGGUCCAAGUUCCAUCGGGGCCCCUUCCAUCCACAGUGACGGCCGCAGGGUAUGGCUGCCAGGCCCCAUACACUGCAGGUCGGGCCCGAAGCCUGCCAGAAAUUAUCUCAACGUUUCCGGAGCUGGAGGAGCCUCCAGACUUCGAGGACGAAGCAGAUCAUUACCUGCCAGAGCCACAUCUUUGCAUGAGAGAGCCAGCAGUUGGGGCAGCAGCCAAGGAGCAAGCAGGAGAAGAGAUGGCAGCACAGGCGGCGACAACAGAAGAGCCAAAAAGGGAAGUCAUCGAGCAAGCCAUGACCUCAGAGGGUAAGGAAACAAGCUCUAGGGGCCUAGAUGAGGAGAUUGGUGCUGGGCAGCGGUUGGGAGGCAGGAAAUAA